AUGGCGGAAAUCAAAGAGAACUAUGACCUGACUCCUCGAGUAGCUCCUAAUCUGGAUAGACACUUGGUGUUUCCAAUACUGGAGUUUCUUCAAGAGCGUCAGCUUUACCCUGAUGAGCAGAUCUUGAAGUUUAAGAUCGAGCUUUUGAACAAGACGAACAUGGUUGAUUACGCCAUGGAUAUUCACAAGAGUCUCUACCACACUGAAGACGCUCCUCAAGAUAUGGUGGAGAGAAGAGCAGAGGUAGUGGCAAGGCUCAAAUCUCUGGAGGAGGCGGCUGCACCAUUGGUGACUUUCCUUUUGAACCCUAACGCAGUACAGGAGCUAAGAGCUGACAAGCAAUACAAUCUCCAGAUGCUCAAGGAACGCUACCAGAUUGGUCCAGACCAGAUUGAGGCUUUGUAUCAGUACGCCAAGUUUCAGUUUGAAUGUGGGAACUAUACUGGUGCUGCUGAUUAUCUUUACCAGUACAGGACCCUUUGCUCUAACCUUGAGAGAAGUCUGAGUGCCUUGUGGGGAAAGCUUGCAUCUGAAAUAUUGAUGCAGAACUGGGACAUUGCUCUCGAAGAGCUUAACCGUCUCAAAGAAAUCAUUGACUCAAAGAGUUUUGCAUCGCCGUUAAACCAGGUGCAGAACAGGAUUUGGUUGAUGCAUUGGGGUCUCUAUAUCUUUUUUAACCAUGAUAAUGGAAGGACACAAAUCAUUGAUCUCUUUAACCAAGACAAGUAUCUGAAUGCCAUACAAACUAGUGCUCCACACUUGCUGCGUUAUUUGGCUACUGCUUUCAUUGUCAACAAAAGGAGAAGGCCUCAGUUGAAAGAAUUCAUUAAGGUCAUUCAGCAAGAGCACUACUCCUACAAAGAUCCUAUUAUCGAGUUCCUGGCUUGUGUGUUUGUCAAUUAUGACUUUGAUGGAGCUCAAAAGAAGAUGAAAGAGUGUGAAGAGGUCAUUGUGAAUGAUCCAUUCCUUGGCAAGAGAGUUGAGGAUGGAAACUUUUCAACUGUACCACUGAGAGAUGAGUUCCUUGAAAAUGCCCGCUUGUUUAUCUUUGAAACCUAUUGCAGAAUUCAUCAGAGAAUUGACAUGGGGGUGCUCGCUGAGAAAUUGAAUCUGAACUAUGAGGAGGCUGAGAAAUGGAUUGUGAACCUAAUCCGCACCUCAAAGCUUGAUGCAAAGAUUGAUUCUGAGUCAGGAACUGUAAUCAUGGAGCCUACUCAGCCCAACGUGCAUGAGCAGUUGAUAAAUCACACCAAAGCCUUAUCAGGACGGACUUACAAGUUAGUGACUCAGCUCUUAGAACACACACAGGGACAAGCUGCUCGCUAA